AUGGGAUAUGUUUUUAAUCAUUGCCAAAGAAGUGACAGACAUCUUGGACUAAACAAACUGUACAAGCACCAGCCUGAAAACAGAGUUUUGCUUGACCUCUUGAUGGGCAGCUUGAUGGCUGAUGGAGGCUUAGCAUUUGCACUAAAUGCUGCCAUUACUGCAGAAAUCCGGAUACGCUUCAGCAGUUUUGCAGUUCUGUGUAAACCGAGCAUUCUUCUUCCAGAAUUGGUGGUUUCUAUAGUGCUACUCCUCAGUAAAAAUGCUGGACUAAUGCAGGAAGUUGGUGCUAUUCCUCUGUUGUCUGGCUUGCUAGAACAUCUAGACAGAUUUAACCAUUUAUCCCCUGGAAAAGAAAGGGAUGACAAUGAGAAUUUAGCAUGGCCAGGAAUAAUGGCUCAGUUUGCAGGUAAGGAUCCAGUUGUUGCUUUGAAAGCUGCUUUGCAAUCUGAGGACACACAGGAGUCAAUGCAUGCUCUCUGUGUUGGCCAGUAUAUGGAGUCAAGCCAUGCCGUUGUAACAGAGAGGCAGACCUAUAAGAAACGAUCCAAUUUCUUAAGUAAUGAUGACUAUGCUGUGUAUGUGAGGGAAAAUACUCAGUAUUCCUUUAAAGGAGUAGUAGCCCAGGCUAGAUCUGCUAGCCGCUACCGAUUCUGCCCAACAUGUGGGAGUGCAACGAAGAUUGAAGAAGGGGGUUACAAGAAAUGUUGCUUAAAAGAAAAUUGUCCCAGUCUUCAUGGUGUUCACAACACAUCAUAUCCAAGAGUUGAUCCUGUUGUGAUAAUGCAAGUCAUCCAUCCAGAUGGAAGCCACUGCCUUUUAGGUAGGCAGAAGAGGUUUCCCCCAGGAAUGUUUACCUGUCUUGCUGGAUCUGUAGAACCUGGUGAAACAAUAAAAGAUCCUGUUCAAAGAGAAGUAGAAGAGGAGGCUGGAGUCAAAGUUGGCCAUGUUCAGUAUGUCUCUUGUCAGCCAUGGCCAAUGCCCUCUAUCCUAAUGAUUGCCUGCUUUGCUGUUGCAAAGUCUACAGAAAUUGAAGGGAAUGAAAUAGAGGAUGCUCACUUGUUCACUAGAGAACAGGUUGUGGAAGUUCUCAUUAAAGGAAAUCAACAUUCUUUCUUUACUUCACCAGGUCGAGUUACUGCACACCAGUUGAUAACACAUUGGAUUGGAAUGAAUGCUAAUCUUUAA